AUGAACUUCCAAUUCCUCCUCUGGCUGGCCGUCCUCGCAUUAAUGGCGAUCUCCUGGGCCGAAGCUAGCAUUUACACGAUGGAUUUGGAUACGAACGAGGAGGAAUCGAGGCCGAGGACAAGGAUCACGCAGGUGAAAAAGAAGCACCACCAUCACCAUCACCAUCAUCACCACCAUCACCAGGACGACGCCAUCAAGAAGGCGUUGCGGUCGAAGCGCGGCGAGCCGACGUACCGUGUCUGCGGCCGGGCGUUAUUCCGGAAGAUUCACGAGCUGUGCAAGGAGUGCACCAAACCGUUGCCUGAUGAUGAUACAGACAGCCAAAAAGAGACCAUCUCGACGCUGUGCUGCGUGAAGAACCAGUGCAGCGACACGCUGCUACGGACACAAUGCGCCACCGACUGC